AUGACGAGCCUAACGCCGCCACCACUGCCACCGCAUACAGUCAAAUUCAUUGAAUCGGCCACAUCCAGAACGCUCCUCGAGAUUUUCUCUGGCUUUUCUGUCAAUCUCGAGAGGAUUUUCUCCAAUUCCCCACCCAACAUCGCAGAACUCGAACGCCGCCUGAAACUUCUCCUCUCAGACUCCCAGCGCCUCUCCACCGUGCUUCCGAAAUCUGAGACCAAAUAUGAGUCCCUUCUCCCCUGGACAGGUAGAAGCGGUCCAGCCCACCGUAGAUCCCCGCCAGGAAGCGGCCCAAUGUGUGAAGCGUUUUCAAAGAAUUUCAAUAUUGGGCAGAUGGAGAUGAUGUCGGGCAGGACUGGGAGAGUUAGUAAAAUGCACGACUACAAAUUCUACCAUGAUGCCUGUCAAAUGCUCAAUGGUAUGGCGGACUGCUUUGAUAACAGCCAGUAUAAAAUCACCUUGCAGGAUCCCCGGAUGGACUCUGGUAUCGCGCUUCGUAUCGUCGACGCCAGGUGCACGGCCCUUGACCCUAAACUCCCUAUUCUCUUCGUUCUCUUUGCCCACGAGACUACAGAACAUGCAGGCCCAAACUCUCCAUCACUCAAGUGGAUGCAGCACGCCCUAAAGAUUGACGGUGCAAUAUCGCAGAUGAGAGAGGGCACAGUUGCGAAUAGCCAUCUACUGCUUCGCCAGCUAGUCUACAACUCACACCGGCUUCCACCCGGCUGCGAAGAGAUGUUCGAUCGGGCACGGGACAAGGUGUAUGAAAAGGACUUUGUGGCGUCGUUUAUACUUCCCAUGGAUCCCCUCUCGCAUAAGGCUCUUGAGCGGCUUAGCAGGAGCCAGAAAUGCGCACGCGUAUCGUGCGCCAAACCUGCGUUUUUGCUAUGCGGUGGCUGCGGUAUCGUCUACUACUGCUCACAGGGCUGCCAAAAGUCACACAGAGACACACACAAAGAGCUCUGUACCCGCAUUGCCACCUCCCCGCCCCCACGCUCAAUAAACUUCAUAGUGUUCCCUCUUAUAGACUCUAAGAGCGGUACGGAGACGAGAAGUAUAGUAAAUGAAUAUUUAUCGCAACGGGACCUUGUGCGUAUAGAAGAAGGAAAUGGCGAGGCAGCACACCUCAUGUUAAACCCAUUUCCCGACCGGGGGUUCCUGACAAGCGUAGCGAGGAGGGGGCCCAAGGAGAGGUUUAUUGUGAGGAUGCAGGAAUCGAUGGGGGGAGCGGUGCUGCUUGUUUACGAUGCCGAGAUGACGUUCAAGGUACAUGUGAGGGUGGUGCCAGAACUGUGUGAGCUGGUGGCGUCAAAUAAAAAGUGGAAGGGACAAAGAUGCUACCUAUAUGCGAGGCAUCUGGACGGUGAUAAAGGAAGGAAAUAUUUAGAGGUGUUGCUUGAUGUAAUGCCAGACCAAGGACUGCUUUGGUAA